AAUAAUAUAAAAUUGUAUAAAUCAAUAAUGUUUGCAUAACGUAUAACAAAUACAUAUUUUCGUGUAUUUACAUUAUCUGUGCGUAUAUAAACCGAUAGAAGAUGUACACUCUUCAGUGAUACCAACAUUAUCCGACGAAAUCAAGAUGCACGCUAAAGUUCUUCUGAUCCUCUGCUUGGUUGGCUUGGCCCUGAGCACACCAGUGCCCAGUGGUUACGGUCUUAAAAUCGGUGCGGCGUUAAUUGCUGGCCUCGGCGACUGCAGUGAUCCUGGUAACGCGGGAGUACCGAAUGUACCAACAGUACCAAACACUCCAGCUGUACCAAACACUCCAGCUGUACCAAACACUCCAGCUGUACCGGAAACUCCGGCCGUACCAUGCACUCCAAAUGCACCAAAUGCUCCAGCCGACGUCGUACCCAACGCUCCAGCCGAUGUCGUACCCAACGCUCCAGCCCAAGUCGUACCCAACGCUCCAGCCCAAGUCGUACCCAACGCUCCAGCCCAAAUCGUACCUAAUGGUCCAUCCGAAGUCGUACCAUGGUAAACAACAGUACACAAAGAUUCAAGGAUAACACUCAAGAUUUCUUCAUAGUUAAAUGAUUUAAACAAUGUUUUUAAAGUUACGACGUAAUUGAAAAAGUGA